AUGGUUAUGGGAAAGAAAUUUCAAGAAAUGAAUGUAAAAAGAAAAAACACAAGACAUUUGACAUUCAAAGAUUAUGAAAGAUCUACUAAAAUUGAAAUUGAAAUAGACAAAUAUGAAAUACACCAAAGACCUACUGAAAUGGACCAAACUGAGUUCACAAAGAUGAACCACAUUGAUGAAGAGCCACCUAAAUGA